CCGAAUCGGACGUCGCUACUAGGUAGGCAGCUCGCUGUGUUUUGAAACGCAGCCGGUGUCUGAGCAUGUGCUGUUACUGCUGCAGUGAAGUAAAAUAUGUCAGUUAUCGCUGGACAGCAGCAAGAGCCGGCUACAAAUGUACUCUGAGAGGCAACCGGUGUAACGAUUUUCUGUUUAAUUCUUCCGUUUAUCACCAAAAUGAGGCCCGGCUUCUCCACAUCUACAGCGGCGGAAGAAUAAUACGCCCUUAGGAGUCUUCUCAGCACUGCUCGUACCUGAUGAGAAGAAUGAAGGCUGUGUGCGAGCUGGAGCCAAGUACAUGUGUACCACAUUAGCAUUGGCAGCAAAGCUCAGAAGUACCGCUCUCUUUGGACCCUGACAGUGUGGAGUGUGGACAGUGAGACUGCCAGACAGCAGUAAAAGUAAGAUGGUCAUCAUGGCAACCACAGUGACCCCUGAGCCCCUUACGGCCCUCUCUCGGUGGUACUUGUACGCCAUCCACGGUUACUUCUGUGAAGUCAUGUUCACAGCAGCCUGGGAGUUUGUGGUGAACUGCAACUGGAAGUUUCCUGGCGUGACGAGCGUGUGGGCGCUCUUCAUCUACGGAACCUGCAUCCUGAUUGUAGAGCGCAUGUACCUUUGUCUGCGGGACCACUGCAAUGUGCUGCUCCGCUGCAUCAUUUACACACUGUGGACGUACCUGUGGGAGUUUGGCACGGGUUUGCUGCUACGGCAGUUCAACGCCUGUCCGUGGGACUACUCCGAGUUUAAAUAUAACUUCAAGGGCCUGAUCACGGCAGAGUACGCUGUGCCGUGGUUCUGCGCCUCCUUUAUCGUAGAGCGCCUGGUGAUACGCAACACGCUCAGGUUGUACUUCGACGAGGCCGCCGAUCCCGGCCAGGCUGAAGAACAGUCGGACAGAGGCAGUGGAGGAAGAGAAGGUGGAGGGCGAAGAGGGCGAGGGGCCAGAGCAGGGGCCACCAGCGCAAACGGUUACGUGAAGGUGGAUUGAAGAUGUUGUCAACACCUUUUCCCAUCUCAAAGCUCCCGUCACCCAUGACUCUAUCCGCACAUCUCUCAGUUUCUCUCCCACCUGCUUCCAGGGAAAGAGUCGCUCGGACACAGCUGGUGCAGCUCCAACAGAGACCGUUGCACAACUGUGAAGAACUUUCAGAUUUAUCGUCCAGCUGGCGUUCUUUGCUCAUGUGGAGGGACGUUCAUUUGCCACCUCAGUGCUCAACGUUUACUGCCCUCGCUUCGGGCAAGUAGCUGUUAAGUUCAAGGUUUGUCAGUAGUGGUGCCUGAUGGCAUAAUGAGAAAUAACCCUCCACCUCUACCACCACACUGUACCUCCCAAACCAGACCAUCCACUCCGACACUCUGGGAGGGACAAACAAAAUAACUUGUGUUCCCCCAUCCAAUAUAAACAGGAACACAAACACAUCACUUGUAGAGAGAUGAAAAGAUAUACAGUA